AUGGCACACGUUUCCAAGCGGCCCUUUCGGUCCAGUAUAAGCUCCUACUUCGACCAAAAUCCCGAUCAUGAAAGACCUCCCCAUCGAUCAGCCUCUGAUUCAGAGAGCACCAAAAUUCCCCAACUGCCUGCUACAAUCCAAUCAUCUCUUCUCAAUGUCGGCAUGCGCAUUCGCAAAUCUGUAGCAGAAGGUUACAGAUCUUCGAAAGAUCCUCAUGACCAAUGUCCACGUACUCUCCAGGAUCGACAUCUUGCGUCGCAACCCUUUCGUCAACAACCAUAUUUCAAUUCCAGAUGUCUAAGUCAUAGCGCUUAUGACAGGAGGGCUUUACAACCUUAUAGUAGCAUCCUAAAAACUGGAAACUAUACGCCUGUUCCGCAAGCAGUGCCAGCGGCCGAAGAUGUGUCACCCUUGGAAUUUGAUGCAGAGUGUGAUGUUUCGGUGCCAAGUAGCCAGGAGUCGCAAAAUACCUUUACCACUGUAAGCGAUGCCAUAAAGAUCUGGGCUGAGCCUGAUUUUGGACGGAAAAGGCCAUGGGAGGAGGAAGACACCGAGGCAGGAAAUGUGGCUUUUGAUGAGCAACAUCAAAGCUAUGCAACGGCCGAUUGCGCAUUGAGAAAUUCUGUUGAACCAGGAGUAGGAAUGUCAUCGAGAGCCCCACGUCCUAAAGCGAAGCCGAAGUCGAGGAGGAAAGCUUUAGCGGAGGUGGAGGCGAAUGGCGGUGGCGGUUGGACGAGAGAGGCUGUAAUGGUGGAUGCCGAUGAUUUUGAGGAUGCGCCCUUUCUGGAGCCUUUUCAAUCGGCAAAGCUUCAUGGAUAG